AUGGCGACCAAGAGGUAUUUGUUGAGCAGAAUUUGGAGGGGAAGAAAUAUUAGGAGCCUUAGCGCAGUCCCAGAAGGCAGCAGCGCCUCUUCACCUUCUCACCAACUCAUCGAUUUGGAAUAUCAGUGCAGUGCCCACAAUUACCAUCCUAUUCCUGUUGUUUUUUCACAAGCAAAAGGAUCAUCUAUCUGGGAUCCAGAAGGCAAAAAGUAUAUAGACUUUCUAUCAGCUUAUUCUGCUGUUAAUCAGGGUCAUUGUCAUCCGAAGAUAAUUAAAGCAUUGGCAGAACAGGCUGAAAGACUCACUCUCAGCUCGAGAGCCUUCUAUAAUGACAGAUUUCCAGUAUUUGCAGAGCAUCUGACCAGCAUGUUUGGCUAUGAUAUGGUGCUGCCAAUGAAUACAGGUGCUGAAGGGGUAGAAACAGCGUUGAAGUUGGCGAGGAAAUGGGGUUACCUGAAGAAAGGAAUUCCUAGAGAUGAGGCUAUAAUUGUUUCCUGCUGUGGCUGCUUUCAUGGUCGGACACUGGCUGCUAUUUCAAUGAGCUGUGACAAUGAAGCAACCAAUGGUUUUUGGCCCUUGGUGCCAGGUCAUCUGAAAGUUGAUUUCGGUGAUGAAGUUGCCCUUGAGAAAAUAUUUAAAGAGAAAGAAGAUCGGAUAGCUGGUUUUCUGUUUGAGCCGAUUCAAGGGGAGGCAGGGGUUAUUAUCCCUCCAGAUGGUUAUCUGAAGGCGGUCAGAGAUCUUUGCUCAAAAUAUAAUGUCCUAAUGAUUGCUGAUGAAAUACAAAGUGGCUUAGCACGCUCUGGAAGAGUUCUGGCUUGUGAUUGGGAAGAUGUCCGCCCUGAUGUUGUUAUACUUGGAAAGGCAUUGGGCGGUGGAGUUUUACCUGUUAGUGCAGUUCUUGCAGAUAAAGAUGUUAUGCUCUGCAUUCAACCUGGCGAGCACGGAAGCACUUUUGGAGGAAACCCUUUGGCCAGCGCAGUUGCUAUUGCAUCACUAGAGGUGAUAAGAGAAGAGAGACUUGCUGAAAGGUCUGCUCAACUGGGAGAGGAGCUUAGGCAACUGCUUGCGAAGGUUCAUGAACGGUUUCAUCAGUUCAUCAAGGAAGUGCGUGGAAAAGGUUUGUUCAAUGCUGUGGAGCUCAAUAGCAAGGCCUUGUCUCCUGUAACGGCAUAUGAUAUAUGUCUAAAGCUCAAAGAGAGAGGAAUCCUUGCAAAACCAACUCAUGAUUCUAUUAUCCGCUUGACCCCUCCUCUGUCCAUAAGUAUUGAUGAGCUCCGAGAAGGCACAAAGGCACUACAGGAUGUGUUUGAAUUUGAUCUACCAAAGAUGCAGAAAGAGAAGCCAGAAACUGACCGUCAUACAGCCUCUAGUAUCUGUGACCGAUGUGGCCGUAACUUGUAUGAUUCUUCUUAG